AUGAAGACCUUCUUCGUUACAAUCACGCUCAUAGCGUCAGCAGCUGCGACUGCUCUCAUGACUCCAAAGCUGGUGGGCUUGAGCGGGUACCAGGAGAUGCGUCUUGAGAAGCGGACGGACAUCGCAGCUUGCAUUGCAUGCGGACUUUCAUUCUGCAUUCCGUCACCAGCUUGUGAUGUGUGUCCAUGCUGCUCGGGAGACAAGUGCACUAAUGAAGGCUCGAAGCAUGAAGGCGCAGCUGGCCUGGACUGA